UAUAUUUUUUUUCAAUACACAAAAAGUACAUUUAGAAUCAAUAUUGUUAAUUUAAAAUGAAUAAAUCAAUAAGUGCUCAAUUUCUAGUGUUAACAUUUUUAUUUAAUGUAGCUUUUGCAUAUAUUUACACCAUACAAAAUGCAACAAGUGAAGAAAGACCUGGUAAAUGCUUUCACGAAGCAUCGCAAAUUGAAUUGGCACCAGGUGAAACAAUUAAGUUACCUGGUAAUUGUGAAAAGAUAACAUGUAAUUCAGAUUUUUCAAUUGACGGGACAGGGUGUGGAUUUACAGCACCUGCACGAUAUCCAUGUCGAGAUAUUCCACAAGAUAUAAAUAAACCAUUCCCAGAAUGUUGUGCAACAGUGAUAUGCGAUAAUAAUCGUUAUUAAUUGUAUAUGAACAAAUUCAUAUUUUUAUAUUUAUAAAUAUUUAUUUGAAUCUUGAUGUGUCUCAAAUGAAAAGAAAAGCGAUUAUCACUUGUAUUAUAUACGUUAAGUAUUGUUUUUUGUUUAAUAAAUAAUUUUAUG